AUGGGCCAGAUGGCAACCGCAAUUAGUCGGUUAAAGGCGCAAAGUUUGGGGAAAUUACCCUCUCAAAUGGUUGUGAAUCCAAAAGAAAAUGUAAGUGCAAUCUUUUUGAGAAGUGGUAAGGAGGUUGAGACUCCAGCAAAGGCAGCCCCUGCAUCGUCAAAGCAAGAAAAAGAGAAAGACAUCAUUCCCAACGACGAUGAAAUACCAAAGUGUAAGUUUCCGCCUCUUUCUGAUUAUAAACUGGUACCUCCUUUUCCUCAUGCUUUAGCAGGAUCUAGAAAAGAUGAGCAAUUCAAAGAUUUUUGUGAGACUUUUCAUAGAUGUGAGGUAAAUAUUCCACUUUUAGAUGCUAUUAAACAAGUACCUCGUUAUGAUAAAUUCCUGAAAGAAUUGUGUACACAUAAGAGGAAACAUAAAUUGAAAGGAUGUAACACUAGAAUAGAGAAGGCCAUGUUAGACUUAGGAGCUUCUAUCAAUGUCAUUCCAUAUUCUAUAUAUGCUUCUUUGAAACUUGGACCUUUGAAUAAAACUGGUGUUGUGAUUCAAUUGGCUGAUAGAUCUAAUGCCUAUCCUAAGGGUGUAGUUGAGGAUGUUCUUAUGAAAGUUAAUGAUUUGGUUUUCCCUGCUGAUUUCUACAUGCUUGAUAUGGAUAAUGGUGAUCAAACCACUCCUAUUCUACUAGGGAGACCAUUCUUAAAAACAUCCAAGACUAAGAUAGAUGUUCAUAGUGGCACACUUACCAUGGAAGUUGAUGGUAAAAUUGUUAAGUUUAAUAUUUAUGAUGCCAUGAAAUAUCCUAGUGAUGAUAAUCCUGUUCAUUCUGUUGAUGUGAUUGAUUCUUUAGCACAGGAAGUCUUUCAACUUGAUGGGAAUGAUGGAUUAGAAAUUUUCAUUAGUAAGCAUCUUGAGAAAGAGGAGUCAACGAUGAAUGCUAAUUUGAGACCUUUACCCUCUGUUUUACAGGCCCCUAUUCCAGAUUUGAAGCUUCUCCCCAGUCACCUCAAGUAUGUGUUCCUUGGAGUCGGAGAGACAUUACCGGUGAUCAUCUCUAGUAGCCUUAACGCACCACAAGAAGAAAAGCUUGUGUAG